AUGGCACCUUACGUGGAGGAGCCAAAUGAGCGGGCAUCAUUUGCCACACCCUCAAAACAUGCCCCCGACCUCGUAGCCCCAGAACCAGAGCACUGUCCUGGUCCUGAAUCAGAACAAGCAGGCCAAGGCGACGCAUGUGCCGGCUGCCCGAACCAACAGAUCUGCGCCUCUGCACCCAAAGGCCCUGACCCCGACAUCUCAAUCAUCACCGAACGCCUCUCCCAAAUCCGACACAAGAUCCUCGUAUUAUCCGGCAAAGGAGGAGUGGGCAAGUCCACAUUCUCCACCCUGCUCGCACAUGCCUUUGCCGCAAACCCUGACUCAACGGUCGGUAUCAUGGACACUGAUAUCUGUGGACCUUCGAUUCCGAAGAUGAUGGGCGUGGAGGCGGAGACGAUUCACAUCAGUAAUGCAGGCUGGAGUCCUGUAUGGGUGACAGACAACCUAGGCGCCAUGAGUGUGCAGUUCAUGUUGCCGAAUCGGGAUGAUGCUGUUAUCUGGCGCGGACCCAAGAAGAAUGGCUUGAUCAAACAGUUUCUCAAGGACGUGGACUGGGGCGAACUCGACUAUCUUAUUGUCGAUACGCCCCCUGGUACGUCGGACGAGCAUCUUUCAGUAAACUCUUUGCUGAAGGAGUCUGGUGUGGACGGCGCAGUGGUUGUGACCACCCCGCAAGAGGUAUCCUUGCUGGAUGUGCGCAAGGAAAUCGACUUCUGUCGCAAAGCUGGUAUCCGGAUAUUGGGUCUUGUGGAGAAUAUGUCUGGCUUUGUCUGUCCUUCCUGCACGCAUGAGUCGCAGAUUUUCCGUGCUACAACAGGUGGUGGACGUCGGCUGGCCAAGAAGAUGGGCAUUCCUUUCUUGGGCGCUGUGCCUUUGGAUCCUCGCGUUGGUAUGGCAUGCGACUACGGAGAAAGCUUUGUGGACAAUUUUCCAGAUAGCCCGGCUUCGAUAGCUAUCAAGCGGGUUGUUCGAGCUGUUGGUCAAGCAGUUGGAGAAAACCCCGAAGAUGUCCUUCCCGAUGAGUUGGUUGGCUGA